AUUUACUAGUCUAGGCUCUAGGCUCUAGGCAUAUUCUAGUCUUCUUCCUUGCUGAUAAACCAAAGCAUCAGGCAACACAGUCCACUUCUGGAAAUGAACUCCAAAACAAUAAACAUAACAAUAAGUCCACCGUCCAAUUUCCGCUACAAUGCUCCAAUCUUGCAUCCCUUUUUCUAUUUUCCACGGACAAAGCCUAAAUUCCAAGUUUUCCUCUAUUCGCGUUCUCAUUCAAUCUCCUCUAAAACUGAAAGGGGUGGUGUGAAAGCUUUGCCUAGUGGAGCUGGGGAGGCCGUCAAUGAAGUUUCCCAGAAUAGACUUAUUCAAGUCGUGUUGGUUUCUCCUCAGAUACCUGGAAACACUGGGUGCAUAGCCAGAACUUGUGCAGCAUCAGCAGUUGGACUACAUCUGGUUGAGCCAUUGGGGUUUCAGGUUGAUGAUACAAAAUUAAAACGUGCUGGACUUGAUUAUUGGCCAUAUGUAGUUGUUAAAGUGCAUGGCUCAUGGGGAGAAUUCCGUGACUAUUUCAGUCAACAGAAUGGGGAAAAAAGGCUGCUAGCAUUUACUAAGAGAGGAGCUACUGUUCAUUCUGAAGUUUCUUAUAGGAAGGGCGAUUGGCUUGUAUUUGGCUCAGAAACCAGUGGCCUGCCGCCUGAAGCCCUUCUUGAUUGUAAGACAGAACCACAUGGUGGUGGUGCUAUACGAAUCCCCAUGGUUGAAACAUACGUUAGAUGUCUCAAUUUGUCUGUGAGUGUUGGCAUCGCAUUGUACGAAGCAUCUAGACAGCUAAAUUAUGAGCAACUUCAAUGUCCAUCAGAACCUUAUAUGGACACUGAAUCAUCAUUUGUUACUGAAGACAUUUUUGCUUGAGCUGGUACUAACUUUGACAAAUUGGUCAGUUAGUUAAACUUGAGGACAGGUCGAACACUUUAACGAUUCUAAAAGCUAACUUUGCAGUUACAGAUGAUGCUGCAGUCAAACAUAUGUUUUUGCUCUUGCACAAGAUUAUUUGGAGCUGGGAUCAUUUCUCCUCAAAGAUGGUAGAACACUUGACACAUCAUGAUUAGUGGUGACAAUUAGUUAUACAAAUUUGUAGGUCUAGUUCCUGUACUUAGUCAGGGUUCUUAAUUUUUCUUUCAACUUCGGUUCUCUUUGGCUUUCCCUUCGGGCGUGUUUUGCCAGCGUUCUCUUGCAUGAACGCAGUCAUCACAGGAUCAAACUCUUAAUAUUACUAAGCGGCGCAUCUCUUUUUGCUGGAAAUUCUUGUGAGCUAGGAAUGGAUAUGGAUGUGUACCACUGGAAUCCCUUCAUCUGUAUUCAAUGGAGUUUAUUUUUAAGAAUUAGAGAUUGCUUUUACUCUGGCGUUUAAGAUGAUGUUGUUGUGUAUUGUUCUUGUGUAAUGCAAUUAUUGCUCUUAUUAUUUAAAAGGUUGAAAACCAAGAGAUUCACAAA